AUGAUUGUUAAGUCGUUUGAUAUAGCGAAUCAUGUCCAAUAUCUGGAACAAACAUUUCAGAAGCUCAGAGACUACCGUAUUCGUCUGAACCCGAUAAAUGGAGUCCCAGUAGGAAAGUUCCUGGAUUUUAUGUUGACCCAUAGAGGGAUUGAAGCAAAUCCUGACAAAUGCAAAGCGGUACUUGAUAUGAAAGCUCCUCAAAGCAAGAAGGAGGUUCAGCAACUGACUGGUAGACUGGUUGCUUUAAUCCGGUUCCUACCCAAGUCGGCUGAAAAUGCCCUGCCAUUCUUCAAGUUGUUGAAAAAGGAAGUUGUGCAAGGUUGGAACCCGGAAUGCCAAUCCGCGUUCGAUAAAAUUAAGAAAUGUUUGGAAGCAUCACCAUUCACAGCAUUAUCUCUUGAACCAAACAUGUCUUUGUUCCUGUACCUCUUUCUGAAAGUGCAAAUCUUCCUCAUCUGUGCUUCUCCAUCUCUUUCCUCUAUCACUGAGCUUGACACUCUGAUGGCAAUCAAAGACUCCAUAGACCCAGAAAACCGUGUGUUGAUAUCAUGGACACCCCAUUCUGACCCAUGUAGUGAUGCUUUUGAGGGUGUGGCUUGCAAUGAGCAAGGUCUUGUUACUAAUAUUUCAUUGCAAGGAAAGGGUCUAUCUGGGAGGAUACCUGCUGUCGUGGCUGGUCUCAAGAGCUUGACGGGUCUGUAUUUGCACUUCAAUGCUCUGAAUGGGAUAUUACCAAUGGAGAUUGCAGGUUUGACUGGAUUAAGUGAUUUGUAUCUCAAUGUGAAUAAUCUGUCUGGUGAUAUCCCUCGUGAGAUUGGCAAUAUGUCAAAUCUUCAAGUUUUGCAGCUUUGUUAUAACGAGUUUACUGGGAGUAUACCAAGAGAAAUGGGAAAGUUAAGGAAGCUGAGUGUUCUUGCUCUGCAGUAUAAUCAAUUAAGUAGCGCAAUUCCUGCAAGUUUGGGUGAACUGGAGACAUUAACACGACUGGAUCUGAGCUUCAAUAGCCUUAUUGGUCCUAUUCCAGUGACAUUGGCUAAUCCACCUAAACUGGAGAGUCUAGAUAUUCGAAACAAUUCUCUCUCAGGCAGGAUUCCUAUUGCUCUAAAGAGACUGAAAGGUGGGUUCCAGUACAUCAACAACCCUGGUUUAUGUGGGACUGGAUUUUCCAAUUUAAAUCUUUGUAAAGUAGUAAGCAGUUCAGACCCAGUUAGACCUGAACCAUAUGUACCUAGUAAUCUUCCAGCAUCAGUUGAACCAAAAGCUAAUAACUGUAAUGAUACUCAUUGUAAAAAGGAAUCAGAAUCUUUAAAAUUUGGUUUGGCUUUUGGGGUGAUUGGAGUUAUUGUUCCUUCAACUGUUUCUGGACUUUUUGUGUUCUUAUGGUACCGUCAUCAGAAGCAGAAAACUUUAAGCACUGCUGACGUUUCUAAUAGCAGGCUUAGUUCUGACAAGAUGAAAGAAGUAUGCAGGAAAAGAGCAUCUCCUCUUAUAAGUUUGGAAUAUUCUAAUGGAUGGGAUCCAUUAGCCAAAGGUGGAACUGGUUAUUCCCAGGAAAUGUUGGAAAGCUUUAUGUUCAAUCUUGAAGAGGUAGAACGAGCAACUCAGUGCUUCUCAGAGCUUAAUUUGUUGGGAAAGAGUAAUUUUUCAGCUAUCUACAGGGGAAUCUUGAGAGAUGGAUCAAUUGUGGUUAUAAAAUGCAUCGCCAAGACAAGCUGCAAGUCUGAUGAGACUGAAUUCUUGAAAGGUUUGAAGAUAUUGACCUCAUUAAAGCAUGAAAAUCUAGUUCGGUUCAGAGGCUUUUGCUGUUCAAAAGGCCGCGGGGAAUGUUUUCUGAUUUAUGAUUUUGUAUCAAAUGGGAGUUUGUUACAGUAUCUUGAUGUGAAGAGAAGCUAUGCUAAGGUACUUGAAUGGUCCACCAGAGUAUCCAUCAUCCAUGGUAUUGCCAAAGGUAUUGGUUAUCUGCAUGGAAGGAAAGGAAGAAAACAUGCUCUAGUUCACCAGAAUAUAUCAGCUGAAAAAGUACUUCUUGAUGCUCGGUAUAAUUCCUUACUUGCAGAUUCAGGAUUGCACAAACUCCUUGCAGAUGAUGUUGUUUUUUCUUCCCUCAAAGCUAGUGCAGCCAUGGGAUAUCUGGCUCCAGAGUACACAUCAACUGGUCGUUUGACCGAAAAGAGUGAUGUGUAUGCAUUUGGGGUGAUAGUUUUCCAGCUUCUUACUGGAAAGCGUAAUAUCAGUGAGUUAAGUCACCAAUGGGUAGAAAAUGCUAGUAUUAAGGAUAUAGUUGAUGAGAAUCUUGAAGGGAAGUUCUCAGAAUCAGAGGCAGCCAAACUGGUUACAGUUGCUUUGCUUUGCACCCAUGAAUCACCCCAUCACAGACCAUCUAUGGACAAUGUAAUGCAAGAGUUGGAUGAUAAACUGUAGCAGUUCUUUACACGAAGAAAUGAUAUUUUGCCUUGCAUUUGUGGUUGAAAUGGGUAUAGAUGGAGUCAUUGUAAAAUAUUAUGAUUUCCUGAGAAGUGAAGU